UUGCGUAAUCACAACUCUACCAAAUUCCUCUCCGUUCAGUUCGAAUCGAUUCCUCCCAAACUCUCUUCCUCCGCCGCUGCCUCUCGAUUGAUCCUUUUUCCUUUUUCAAUUCCUCUCUCCAGUUGUGUGAUCAUCCCAAAACGAUUCACAGUUUUCCUUUGUGAAUGGUGGAAAUCUCAGGCGCACAAUUGAUGGUCAUCCCUUCUUCUUCUAUUCAAAGAAGAGGGGUUUCGCUUUCGACCGCUACCUCCUUCUGCUUCGGCUCUUGCAUGGAAGGCUGGUACUACCGCUGCCAAGGCCUCGACCCGUGAACUCACUCCAGAUUCAAUUUUUUUUUCUCGUUGCGAAGAGCUUCAAUUCCCCCCCCCCCCCCCCCCCUUUUCAUUUAAUUCGUCAAUUUUCACUCGUAAAAGAAAAUCGAAGAAAAAACAAUGUUGCUUUACAAGCAGAAGAAGACUCAGGCGGCGAAAGUGAACCGGCUCCUGAUCAGCGUAACGUUUCUGGGUAGCGCCGGUCCAAUCCGGUUCGUGGUGAAGGAAGAGGAGCUAGUUGCUGCUGUGAUUGAUACAGCGCUGAAAUCGUAUGCGCGCGAGGGCAGGCUCCCUAUCCUUGGAUCUGAUCUCAACAAUUUCAUGCUCUAUUGCCCGAUUGCUGGAACUGAAGCUCUGAGUCCAUGGGAGACGAUUGGAUCAAUGGGCGUUCGGAAUUUUGUGCUGUGCAAGAAGCCUGAAGCGGAGAAGGAGAAGGAGAAGGCGAAUGAGAGCGAGAAGCUGCCCCGCAAGGGGUCUGGCAGCUGGAAAUCAUGGUUCAAUAAAUCACUCGAUUCAAAGAUAUCUUCCCAUUGAAUAACUCUUGAGAUGGUUUUAUUAUCUAUAUUUUGUUGGUUUGUUUCUGCUCGGUUGUGAAUUGGGGUUGAUAUAACUUGAACCUUUGGUUCUGGAGCCCUGCUUUAUUUUGAUUCAGUCACUUCUAGUUUUCUUCUUUUUUUACAAUUUCACUCUUCAUUGAUUAUACAAUCAUUUUUAUUUUGAUUCA